CACAUUUCGUAUUGAAAACAAAUUAAUAAAUUUAUUAUAAAUACUUUGUGUAUGUGUAUAUGUGUGUGUAUGUGAAGAAAUGGCCGAUGAUGGUGAAAACUCAGUGGAUAACAAGCCAACAGACGACAGCAAGCCAGAGAAAAUGUUCACGCUGAAGAAAUGGAAUGCAGUUGCAAUGUGGAGCUGGGACGUCGAAUGCGACAUCUGCGCCAUUUGCCGCGUUCAAGUCAUGGAUUCGUGUUUGCGUUGCCAGGCGGAGAACAAACGGGACGUGUUAGGUCGACAGGAUUGUGUUGUUGUUUGGGGCGAGUGCAAUCACUCGUUUCAUCAUUGUUGCAUGUCGCUGUGGGUCAAGCAGAACAAUCGCUGCCCGCUGUGUCAGCAAGAAUGGUCCAUUCAGCGCAUGGGCAAAUAGGCCAAGGCGUCAUCUCACAAAAACAAUAAUUAAGCUAAA